AUGAUAGCAAAUAUUCUUCUACGCGAUCGCGAGAAGAAUGCGAAGACAUUCCGGUGCGGACUCGUUCGUUCUCAAGAUAUUCAGGGCCGGCUACUAUUGGCCCCAGAUGGAACAGGAUGCGAAGCCAUUCGUACAAAAAUGCAACAAGUGUCAACACCAUGCACAAUUAGUGCAGCAACAAGCGGAACUUCUGUAUUCGGUAGUGUCACCAUGGCCGUUCAUGAAAUGGGGGAUGGACAUAGCCCUUACCAAAAGAUCGGGGAAUGUGAAGUGGUUGACUUCAUAUGGGACCACAUAAUUUGUCGGUUCGGAUUACCAAAGGAGAUCGAUUGUGACAAUGGGCCAAAGUUUGUAGGUUCUAAAGUCACAAAGGUUUUGGAAGAAUUAAUGAUCAAGCGAAUUGCGUCUUAUCCAUAUUACCCGAGUGCUAAUGGACAUGAUGAGUCAACCAACAAGGUAAUUAUCCAAAACAUUAAAAAUAAGUUAGAAGAUGCUAAAGGCAAGCGGCUGGAUGAGCUACCGUGUCUUCUAUGGGCUUAUCGGACCACAACAAAAUCAAGCACGGGAGAGACUCCCUUUUUGCUCGUGUACGAAUCAGAAGCUUUAAUACCGGUAGAAGUGGGGGAACCAACCCUGCGGUUUUCCCAAGCAAAUGAAGAAGAAAACAAGUAA